AUGUCGCGUGGUACAAGCGCUGGAUUUGAUCGACACAUCACUAUUUUUUCUCCCGAAGGACGAUUGUACCAAGUUGGUUAGUUGACUGUUAAACCGUUGAUUACUUAUUGUGCUGAGUGAUAAGUUUUUGUUACUUUUGUUCUUUAGAAUAUGCAUUUAAAGCGAUAAACCAAGGCGGUCUAACGUCAAUUGGUCUUCGUGGGGCUGACUCAGCAGUGGUUGUAACUCAAAAGAAAGUUCCAGUGAGUUUUAAUUUCCUUGGAUUUACUGUAAAUUUAUCCGUACCUCCAUUAAAUGUUAAACUGUUUUAGUUUUAAAACCCUGAACUACGCUCGCUUAAGUAGUUCUGUCUUAUGUAUGUAUACCCCGGAUGUGUACAAUUUUUUUGUGGUUACAGAAAUGGAACCUUGAAUCUUAAAAUAUCCCUUCAAUUACUAUAAGUUUGGAACAUGUGCCACAUAUGAAGCUAUCCAUCACAGUAAUAUAUAGACACAAAGAAAAACUUGCAAAUUUUUUUCCACAAAGAAACAUAACUCCUUACUUGGUUUGUAUAACAACCAUAAUAAACGUUUGGUCUGUUCAGAUUUCAGACUAGCCUGUGAGUACUUCAGUCUCAGACAAAAAUAGUUGGGACACUUCCACUCAAUGCUUUUUUUUUACUUCUGGCCUGUCUCCUCAUCCUCCCAAUGUUGUUUACCACAGUUAACACACCAAAUCUUACACACUAACAUUGUGUUGGCAAGAAGACAGCAAAGUGUCCCAACAAUUUUGUCUUAGACUGUAGAUUGAGUUUAAGUGAUAGUUUGAGUAUGAUCAGUACUACUUUAAUCUCUUGUUCUUACACUGAAGAUAGUCAUUGGUCAAAUCAUCCUUUCUUUUCUGAUGUCUCCUUACUUAAUUGUCAGCACCAGUAACUAGUAAGUAGACUUGGAGACGGUCUUGAUACAAUAUGACAGACAUAGGUAUAGACGUAGUUUGGGGCAGGUACAAAACUCGGACCAGAUCAACUCCUUUACUUACAGGGAAAACAAUGGGAACUGUUGUGUGGUAAGUAUGUAGAUGAAGUGAUCCAAGUCUGAGUUUUGUACCUGCCUCAUAGUUUAUCUACCCAUGAAGAGCACAGAGAUUAUGACUCUCUAUAAUGCCCUCGUAAAAAAAAAGGGUUGAAAAAUUCAAAAGAAAUAUAAGUUAAAAAGGAUAACUUGAAAUAUAUACAAAUGCAGGAAUAAUGACUGUGACUGCAAAUAAAUAGUGACAAUUCUGGAUAUAGUAUUACUGACCUUAAUUUCAAAAGCUAUACUCAUGUUUAAUCUAGACUUGUGUUUUACUCAACACUGAAUGUUAAGCUACAGCCAGCGAAGACCUUUUCAAGAAAAACAGUGUCAAGACUUGCUUUUAAUGCUGGCUAGUAAAGUAUGUUGAGCAGAUAAAUGGCAUGUUUAAAUUAAAGCUAUUAGUUUAAGAAGUGAUGGUCCAAAACUCACUCGGCAGUAAAUUGUCUGAUGAUGUUUUGCAGGAUAAACUGCUAGAUUCUGACACUAUGACACACCUGUUUGAAUUGUCUGAAAGAAUAGGAUGUGUUAUGACUGGACUGAUAGGUAAGAUGGUUUUUUACCUUUUUAUGUGACAAUACUGUUAAUUUUAAUUUUUGCUGCAAGUAGUGGUUUAUGUAACUUUGUUAGUCAAGAUAGGUCAAGCAUACCUCCCCAAGAUUCUAUUAAUGAAUUGAUUAUUUGAAAAAUUAAUCCAUUAGUUGUUCCCAUAACUAGUGUCAAAUUCAAAGCAGCAUUCCUGCAUUCAUAACGCACAGUGAAUAUUUUGCGAGAACUUCUUAGUAUUUGGUCAGAUUGAAAAUCUUUGAGUGGAUAAAGUUGCUUCUAAGACAUUUACAUCAAAUUCAGGGAAACUGAGCUGGUAGAAAUUGUAUAACUGCCUCACGUGUAAAAUCAUGGCUCAUUAUGCAUGGAGGAAUGCAGAGAUGAAUCUAAAAUCUACAACUACUAAUAAUAAAUACAUGAAUAAAAUCUUGGGGGAUAUGCUUGACCUGGCUUGACUGUAAUCUGGUAGCUAGUUUGGCAUUUAAAUCUUAAGACUUAUUAGGUUUAAAUGCAAAGGUCUAUAGCAAGUGUAGAUUGUUCAAAUGAUCCCUAGACAAUUCUGGACAGUGUACCGUCGUGACCAUACAGACCAACAUUUAUGUACCGUGUUAACCAUGGUAUUACAAUGAAAUUGUUUAAGUAUUACUGGUAUCUGAUUGCUUUCUUUAAACACAAUGUUAUUGAAGUUUCCUGUAAAUGGUCAAUUAAACUAGAAUAAACACUAUCCAUUCAGAUUGACCAUUGUAGAUUACCAUUAUUAGUGACCUUUUUUCAUUAUGGUUGACAUUUAAACAGACAGAAGACACUAAAAGGACUCUCCAGUGCAACCAUUACUUUAAAAGUUGCACUUUCUUUGUUAAAGUUAUAUUUGGAAUAAGAAACUUGCCAAAUGAUGAUUUAUAGUUUAAAUGUUACGUGAUACAAACCAAACAUUUAUGUUACUAAGUAACACAUUUUCUUCCUCUAACAAUUCCAACAAUGCUGUAGAUCAAAACCUGCAAACCAUGAGCAAAUUUCAUGUUACAUUAUCAAAAGCAGCCAUUGUGUCCCCAGUGACUAGUCCCCCCCAUUAAAUUGACACCAUUGUCUGAUGAAGAUUUGCAGUCAAAGCAUCAUGAUCAAUACUGAAAAUAAAUGACUGUUGUGAGAUGAAGGAUAAAUGAGCCUACCAUUCUACUACUGUGACAAAUAACAUCUUUCAUGACACUUUUCCCAGUCUUGGUUGUGAAAUGAACACAGUUUCUGCAACAUUUGUUCACUAUACAUGUAUAAUUGAAGGGUUUUCACUAUUUUUUAAAAGUAGAAGGGUUCCUCAGGUUGAGUAGGCAGAGAAAGUUGGAAAUUUUUGGUUUGAGAGUUGGCUUUUCCAUUUCACUUGAAGAGGGUUGGUGCUCCAAGUACACUGACCAGUGCCAGUACCCAUGUUUUACUGAAACCCCUGAUGUACAUUUCAAGUUGCUGGGUAAAUACAACAAGUUGGCAGGAAAUCAAGCAGCUAGGGAUUGCUUUUGGUUCUGUUUUUCCUCUAUUUAUUUUUUUAAGUAGUCAGGGGUCACCUUCAUAGUAGUCACCUUCAUCAAUAUGCCAUUGAUGGUGAAAAAUAGCUUACCGGCUUUUUGUUUUGUAUUUCAGCUGAUUCACGUUCCCAAGUCCAGAGGGCUAGAUAUGAAGCAGCCAACUGGAAAUAUAAAUAUGGUUAUGAAAUUCCAGUGGACAUGCUCUGUAAAAGAAUUGCUGACAUUUCACAAGUCUACACUCAAAAUGCAGAGAUGCGACCUCUAGGAUGCAGUAAGUUUCUGUGAUCUUGUUCACCUUUGCUUCAACCUGCAGGGCCCCAGUUGUUCAAAAGGUGGAUGACACUAUCCAGUGGAUAAGUAUCAGGGAAGUCAAAUUGUGUUAUCCACUGGAUAGAGAUUGAUUUUUGAGUGGAUUCUAUUUUCCAAUUGGGGCCAGGCAUAUAUGGUCACACCACACACACACAAAAAAACAGAAUCUCAUUUUAAUGAUAAAAUUGAAAAGUUCAGCUCAAGGCAAGAACUUAUGUGAUAAAAAUACCUUGACGUUAUUGCAGUAAGUUUAUCAGUCUUACUGAUUUUAUUGAAUGGUUGUGAGAGGGAUGAUCACAUGACCAUUCUGCUUCUGACACUGAACACGGAUGUUAAGCACAACCUGGCCCUAGUCAUGGUUUGGUAGAAUUUCCUAACUCAUGCAAAACCCACUUGGUCUUGAGUUGUGUCAUUGCCUUGAAUUACAGAGGAAAUGUGUGUGUGAUUACUAUUCUGUAUGUCCAAAAUCGGUUAGCAUGAGCAAAACAUUGACCUUUUUUAUUGUAUCCUAUCUUGCAGGUAUGAUUCUUAUUGGAAUUGAUGAUGAAAAGGGACCUCAACUGUACAAAACAGAUCCUGCUGGUUAUUACUGUGGAUUCAAGGGCUGCAGUGUUGGAGUCAAACAAACAGAAGCAAAUAGCUUUCUUGAAAAGAAAGUGAAGAAAAAACAUGCUUGGACACAAAGUGAAACAAUCGAGGUAUGUCAGUGUACUAAAGACACAUGCUAUUUCCUAAUAAAACACAGAUAUUCAUUUAACAUGACUGAAAAGCUCUCUGAAAUGUAUGCCAUGCUACUUGUUGCAAUGCACUGAGGUCGUGCUAGAAUUACCUUUCAUCACUCUGACGUUAUGUUUUGUAUUUUUCCCCACCCUCCCCCCCUCCACCAUUUUCUUUUUACGGACUUGCUCCAAAUGUAUUUGAAAAUGUUCUGUAUCCAAUCAGAGCCAGGGAAUCAAUUCAAAUGCUUUUGGAACUGGUUGGUCAAACUAGAUGCCCAGGGGUUCCCAUGUUCUUCUCUUAAUCUGUGUCUUCACCCUAUUUUGGAUAGGGAGACCUGGAUGAAGCGUACUGAAUCGAGACGUGCUCUUGCUCGGCCGGGCCAUAGUAGUAGUAGUUCGCCCGUGAAUAUUCAUCCUUUUUUACUGCUUCAGAGUCUCCGAAUAUGUGAUUAGAAAAAAGCCGAGUCAGAGUAUAAGAGAAGAAGUUUUUGAUUAUUUUGUUUGGUUGCUUUUUGUCUUUGCAGACUGCCAUCAGUUGUUUGUCUUCAGUAUUAUCUGCAGAUUUUAAACCAUCCGAGUUAGAAGUUGGUAUUGUUACUACUGAUAAUCCACGUUUUAGGUGAUUCCCUUUCUCAUUUUUUUAAAUAGGUAAUUGCAGCUAUUGACGUUUCCGUCGCUGUCGUUUCCCAAGGAUGUUUCAGAGUAUUUAUCCUCAAAACUCGUCAAACAAAACAGUUUUUACUUUUAUAAAAUAAGCGCGAAACCCUCGCCUAAUGUUAGCCACAAGCUUUGGUUCCAAUGUACGCGCAUAAUUAAGUGGAGUUCUUAAAUUUUAGGGCUGGUUUACAUGUUAAGUGUACGAUCGCAGAAAAAAUCUAGUUAUCUGAACGAUCGUAGUUGUUAGAUGGAAACCAGGCUUAAGUCUCCCUUGGGAUGACCCUGAUUCGCCGGUUGGGGGGAAGGGGGGGAGGAUGCCGGCCGCCAUUCUUUAGCUGGCUACAGCUCNUUAAGUGUACGAUCGCAGAAAAAAUCUAGUUAUCUGAACGAUCGUAGUUGUUAGAUGGAAACCAGGCUUAAGUCUCCCUUGGGAUGACCCUGAUUCGCCGGUUGGGGGGAAGGGGGGGAGGAUGCCGGCCGCCAUUCUUUAGCUGGCUACAGCUCAGCUUUCCUGAAUCUAAUUCUGAUGGACAAUGUUUCGUGAAUCUUAAACGUGUCUCAUAGGUUUUAAAAUGCCCUGCUGAGGUAAAAACUCGUUUCUAACUGUAUAUUGUAUAGAAUUGUAACUUGUAUAUAUUCAUUUUAGGAAACUUACUGAGGCUGAAAUUGAUGGACAUUUAGUAGCCAUUGCUGAACGUGACUGAGGUGACAGCUAAUUUACAAACAGAGUGAAAGAAGACCAGUUUCUUUUGUAUAUUAUUGCAACAAGCAAGUCCCGUACACCGGAAAACACUACUGUUCUAGCAAAUGCGGGUACUUGACUUCAACAAUUGCUGUUUUAUACUUUCAUUUCACCUUCAUCAGCUAUUAAAAUAAAUUUAACGUAGAUUUAUGUUUAUGAUGGUUUAUUCUUUUCUGUAAUCUUUACGGCAAAAA